CGCCCAGGAGCCCCGAGACCAGCCGCUGCCGGGCCCUAGCGCCCCCCGUAUUACCAGGCGUGCCCCGCAGAAUGCUCUCCAACUUUCCUCCCCUGAUGCCACCUCAUCGCGGCUGGACACAUCGUCUCAGGCGGCGGCAGUAGCGGCGACGGCGGCGCCCGGGAGCCCGAGUCUUCGCGGCGCCCCCGUCCCUCCCCCGCCGCACCCCGCCCCGGCGCGAGAGGAGAGCGCGAGAGCCCGAGCCGCGGGCGGGCGGGCGGCGAAGAUGGCAGAGGCGCCGGCCUCCCCGGCCCCGCUCUCUCCGCUCGAAGUGGAGCUGGACCCGGAGUUCGAGCCCCAAAGCCGGCCGCGCUCCUGUACGUGGCCCCUGCAGAGGCCGGAGCUCCAGGGGAGCCCGGCCAAGCCCUCGGGGGAGGCGGCCGCUGACUCCAUGAUCCCCGAGGAGGAGGACGAUGAAGACGACGAGGACGGCGGCGGUAGGGCCGGCUCGGCCAUGGCGAUCGGCGGCGGCGCGGGCGGCCCGCUGGGCUCAGGGCUGCUCCUGGAGGACUCGGCUCGGCUGCUAGCUCCGGGAGGGCAGGACCCCGGGUCCGGGCCAGCCCCCGCGGCGGGCGCGCUGAGCGGGGGGACGCAGACGCCGCUGCAGCCUCAGCAGACACUGCCACCGCCGCAGCCGGGGGCGGCUGGGGGCUCCGGGCAGCCGAGGAAAUGCUCGUCGCGACGGAACGCCUGGGGGAACCUGUCAUACGCUGACCUGAUCACUCGCGCCAUCGAGAGCUCCCCGGACAAACGUCUCACUCUGUCCCAGAUCUACGAGUGGAUGGUGCGCUGCGUGCCCUACUUCAAGGAUAAGGGCGACAGCAACAGCUCUGCCGGCUGGAAGAACUCCAUCCGGCACAACCUGUCGCUGCACAGCCGGUUCAUGCGGGUUCAGAAUGAGGGGACCGGCAAGAGCUCAUGGUGGAUCAUCAACCCCGACGGGGGGAAGAGCGGGAAGGCGCCCCGGCGGCGGGCCGUCUCCAUGGACAACAGCAACAAGUACACCAAGAGCCGGGGCCGUGCGGCCAAGAAGAAGGCAGCCCUGCAGACCGCCACCGAGUCAGCAGACGACAGUCCCUCCCAGCUCUCCAAGUGGCCCGGCAGCCCCACGUCUCGCAGCAGUGAUGAGCUGGAUGCGUGGACCGACUUCCGCUCACGCACCAAUUCCAAUGCCAGCACGGUCAGUGGCCGCCUGUCCCCUAUCCUGGCUAGCACGGAGUUGGACGACGUUCAGGAUGAUGACGCGCCACUCUCCCCCAUGCUCUACAGCAGCUCGGCCAGCCUGUCCCCCUCCGUCAGCAAGCCGUGCACCGUGGAGCUGCCCCGGCUGACCGACAUGGCGGGCACCAUGAAUCUGAACGACGGGCUGGCCGACAACCUCAUGGACGACCUGCUGGACAACAUCGCGCUCCCUGCGUCCCAGCCAUCGCCCCCCGGAGGGCUCAUGCAGCGCAGCUCCAGCUUCCCAUACACCACCAAGGGCUCCGGCCUGGGCUCCCCCACCAGCUCCUUCAGCAGCACGGUGUUUGGCCCCUCGUCUCUGAACUCCCUGCGUCAGUCUCCCAUGCAGACCAUCCAAGAGAACAAGCCAGCCACCUUCUCUUCCAUGUCGCACUACGGCAACCAGACACUCCAGGACCUGCUCACGUCGGACUCACUCAGCCACAGCGAUGUCAUGAUGACCCAGUCGGACCCCUUGAUGUCUCAGGCCAGCACCGCUGUGUCCGCCCAGAACUCCCGCCGGAGCGUGAUGCUUCGCAGCGAUCCAAUGAUGUCCUUUGCCGCCCAGCCUAACCAGGGGAGUUUGGUCAAUCAGAACUUGCUCCACCACCAGCACCAAACCCAGGGCGCUCUCGGUGGCAGCCGUGCCUUGUCAAGUUCCGUCAGCAACAUGGGCUUGAGCGAUUCCAGCAGCCUCGGGUCAGCCAAACACCAGCAGCAGUCUCCUGUCAGCCAGUCUAUGCAAACCCUCUCGGACUCUCUCUCAGGCUCCUCCUUGUACUCAGCUAGUGCACACCUUCCCGUCAUGGGCCACGAGAAGUUCCCCAGCGACUUGGACCUGGACAUGUUCAUGGGAGCUUGGAAUGUGACAUGGAGUCCAUUAUCCGUAGCGAACUCAUGGAUGCUGAUGGGUUGGAUUUUAACUUUGAUUCACUCAUCUCCACACAGAACGUUGUUGGUUUGAAUGUGGGGAGCUUCACUGGUGCUAAGCAGGCCUCAUCUCAGAGCUGGGUGCCAGGCUGAAGGCUCACUGAGGAAAGGGGAAGUGGGCAGAGCAGGUCAGUGCCCAGGGCUACGGCAUAGCAAUAACAGGGGCGGUGGGGGACAAUGGCUUUCAUUUACGUGGUGCGCAGUAACCUGGCUCCCAGCCAGUUCAUUCUGAGUGGUACCAGCAAAACAAGUAGGGCUGUCAGGUGCCCCUCCCCACAGUUUGCUGACAGCUCAGGAGUUUUACUGCCAGUAAAAAGAAUACACAUUCA